GCGCUGAGCCAGGGCCGGCGAAGGUCUGAGCGAAUCGACGAGGCUAGCGGGCCGGGCGCGCCUCCUCGGCCACUAUGAGCUGUACGAUCGAGAAGAUCUUGACGGACGCCAAGACGCUGCUGGAGCGGCUGCGCGAGCACGAUGCGGCGGCCGAGUCGCUGGUGGACCAGUCGGCCGCGCUGCACCGGCGGGUGGCGGCGAUGCGGGAGGCGGGCGCUGUGUUACCGGAGCAGUAUCAAGAGGAUGCAUCCGACGUGAAGGACAUGUCUAAAUAUAAACCUCACAUCCUGCUGUCUCAAGAGAAUACCCAGAUUAGAGACUUACAGCAGGAAAACAGAGAGCUGUGGGUUUCCUUGGAGGAGCACCAGGAUGCAUUGGAACUCAUCAUGAGCAAGUACCGGAAACAGAUGUUACAGUUAAUGGUUGCUAAAAAAGCAGUGGAUGCUGAACCAGUUUUGAAAGCUCACCAGUCUCACUCUGCAGAAAUUGAAAGUCAGAUCGAUAGAAUCUGUGAAAUGGGAGCCGUGAUGCGGAGAGCCGUUCAGGUGGACGAUAAGCAGUUCUGGAAGGUUCAGGAGAAACUAGCUCAGCUGGAGCUUGAAAAUAAGGAACUUCGAGAGUUAUUGUCCAUCAGCAGUGAGUCUCUUCAGGUUGGAAAAGAAAGCCCUGUGGCUCCUGCCUCUCAGGCCAUCAAGUAACUGGACUUCCGAAGGCCAGCUGCAGCUUGCCCGGCAAGGAGAGAAGCGAUGACCUCUCCUCUCGAGCCAUGUCCAUCCAAAAGUCUUGCCACAGACUUGCUUUAGUGUUGGUUAGAGGUGUGGGGUGGCAGUUUAGAAUUGCCACUUGGUGUUCAUUGUCCACUAACUAGUUUGGGGUGUACUAGUGAAACUAGACAAGUCUCCCAUUGCUGUGUCAGACGACAUUGUUACUGUGGUCCGGAAUCUCUAUAAACUGUUGCCUACAGUUCAAUGUUGUUUUUCACAGCUUGGAAACACUGAACACUUUUAUUAUAAACCAUGAUUUUAUUUUAUAUAGGGUUAUAAAAAUUCCUUCUAAGAGUUUUUAAAAGAUUGAACUUUUUAAAAAUACAUACUUGGUGUAAACCUGGAUUUUUUUUUUUCUUUCACUUGUAAAAGUAGCAUGAUUUCAAAGAAACAGAUUGGCAAAUUCUCUGAGUGACGUCACUCGUCCAUGGGAUUUUGAUCCUCUCUGGUGCUAAGAGUCAGCACUUCGUGGUCAGGUGCCUUUGCUCUUAAUUUGAGAGAAUCUUUUACUAAUCCCCAGGAAAUGUGCUUGAAAACAAAUAAACUGGGUUUGGGUUCCUCCUCCUCCUCCUCCUCCUCUUCUUCCUCUUCUCCUCUUCUUCUCCUCCUCUUCUUCUUCCUCCUCCCCCCCUCCUCGUCCUUGUCCUCCUCCUCCUCCUCCCCUCAACGAUCCACAGUCAUUCUGAGAGUGCUGAGGAACUUGGGCUGCCCCAUCAUGUACAGGGAGCUACUAGACAUACAUGACUGUACAUGUACAUUGGACUUAAAUGCCAAAAAUAGCUUUUAUUUAUUUAAUCAAGUAGUUUUCCAUUCUGUCUGCCUGGGGAAUCUUCGGCUUAGGUAGUUGCCUCAUAUGAGGAACACACACACACACAUCUCACACAUGUCACAGGUUUCCCCACCUCCUAGCUCCUAGGCACUUUUGUUGACACACAGCUGUGCCCUGCAGAGCAGCACUGCGGGGAUGGAUUAGACUGGCAGCAGUACUCCGCUUUCUUUACAUCUACUGGGUUUUCACAUGGAAGCACUUUACUACUCACAGAAAGUCACCACACCCCUGAUGCCGUGCAGGCAAUCCCUGUCAACUCCUUCCUGCCUUAGUUUGCUCAUUUCAGGUUUAUAAAUAAUUCCUUUUGCACUAUCUGUUUGCCCAGAUGGACUUUGGUUUUCUUUUCCCACAUUAAUUUUCACUCCAGCUGCUCCCCUUGAGGUGUCCCCUAAGGGUCCCAAGUGUGUACUCCACAAACCCAUUCAGGGGUGGGUUCCUCUACCACUUGUCAGCUGUCACACCAGCUCCCAUCAGCAGUAAUAGCAUUGUCAGACAGUCUAUUUCAGCAUUGAGCACGGUUUCCCUUUAUCUGCCUUCUGUUCCCUUAGUACUCACUACAAAGGUCUUUACAUCUAGCUUCAGAGGAAUCUCUGCAUUGCAGUCCUGAGGAUAGAGCAAGAUUUCAGUGCCCUGUGUCAUAUAAAUUCUGCCAGGUAUUAAUGCUUUGAAGAGAGUGUGGAGCUAGCACAUGAAUGGAGAAAGAAUGUUUCACAGCUUGUGUGAAGAUGUUAAUAUCUCUUGCAGUGGAUGGAAGUAUUUAGUGUAUAUAAUUUUAGUAUAAAAUUAUUAUAUUUAUUAAUAAAAAACUUUUUGAGAA